AUUAUCUGCCCUGACAUGUUAUCGGUAGUGUUGAAAGAUAAGAUUGUUUCAGAUGACCCAAUUGUAGACAACUACAAGGCUGUUCAAAUGAAGACAUUGUGUUUGAUUGCAGUUGUACUUGGCGUUGUUGCGUGUGACAAGUGGACCACGCCGUCCAUGAUGUAUCAGUGUCGCACCAACGCCGACUGCGCCCACCAACAGUGCUGUGUUCUCUCACCCAUUAUCAAGAAACGGCAGAUUUUAUUGGAUCCUUUCUACAGCCAUACAUGCGAUGCGCUGAAAGACGAGAGCUCUGAUUGGUGCAUGAUCCAGUCACAGUAUUCCCCCAUCGCCCGCCAUUACAGUAUGUCCUGCCCGUGCAAGCCUGGCCUCCAUUGUAAGAGACCGGAUGUUCCCAUGCCUAAUUAUGGAGGCAGAUUUGGAAAAUGUGUUAAACAAUAAUGUUGCAAAACAAUAUAUAACUAUAUAUAAUAUAGUGCAUUUCGUUUCA